CAGGUCCGCGGAAGGCGGCAGCCCUCUCAGGGGCCGGCGGAGGCAGCGGGCUGCUCUCCCGGAGCCCCACAGCUCAGGCUCCCCGCCGCUGCCGCCUCCCAGGAGCGGCUUCCGAGCCAGCGGCGUUUCCGCGCUUGGGACAGCGGAAAGCGAUGCGGGUAGCAGCAAGCCGCUAGGCGGUGCCUGGGCUCGGUGUUCCCCUUCCCCUUCCCGGCGGAGGAUGCUGCCGUUGCUGGAAGAAGAGGCGGGCGGCUGACUUUCUUCCCCGACCCGCCCAGGCGGCGGUGGCGGCGGCGGUUGUCUCCCCUCAGCACUUGGCGGCGGCGAUGGGCGAGAAAGUUUCCGCCGAGCAGCAGCAGCGGCAAGAUUACGGCGGCGGCCGGAGGGUCUCGUCCUCUUCUUCCAGCUCGUCAGGCUCUCAAACUCUCUCCGAGGAGGGCGACGGCGAUGCCUCAGCCGGGCAGCUCGGCGGGACGGGCUUCGCUGCCCCCCUCAGCCGCGGCGCCCCCGAGCGGCAGGUGGCGGCGGCGGCUUCUUUCCCCCUCGCCGGGGAGAAGGGGGACCAUGUGUUGGGCGAGGGGCAGCGCCGUCGGGGGAGCGAGGAGGAAGAGGACUCGGCCAGUGGCGGCGGCGGCGGCGGCCACUUUCGUCCCGAGAGCGACGCCUCGCUGGAGGAGCAGGACGAGGAGCUUGAUAGUAUAUUGUCACCUCCACCUAUGCCAUUUCGGAAAUCCAGCAACCCUGAAGUUUCUUCUGGCCCCAGCAAGCCACUGAAAUUUAAAAGGCAACUCAGUGAAGAUGGGAGACCAUUUAGAAGAGGAAGUCUUGGAGGAGCUCUGACUGGUAGGUACUUGCUGCCAAAUGCUGUUACACAACAGUCAUGGCAAACUGGAGAAACUUCCAAUCUUGUCCGAAUGCGCAGUCAAGCUCUUGGGCAGUCAGCACCUUCUCUGACAGCUAGCAUGGAAGGGACACCUCAGAAGAGCCAUUUCAGCUCAACAAGACAUCGCCAGAGACUAGUGGAACCAGCCACUACAAAAAAGGAACUGAGCCUUCCAAGAAGGGGAAGUUUUCUCACCCCAAGAAGCCUGAGCCCAACCCCAACAAGCCCUUGCAGUCCAUGCAGUCCUCUGUACGCUUUUCAUUUUUGGAGUUGCCGGACAAGUAACCGAAAAAGUUUGAUAUGCAAUGGACAGUCCCCAGCUAUGCCCCGGCCCCAUUCGCCACUUUCAGCUCAUGCAGGGAGCAGUCCUCAAGAUAGCCCUAGAAAUUUUUCUCCUAGUGCCUCAGCCCACUUUUCUUUUGCACGAAGUCAUGGGCAUCGAAACGAGAGGACUGAUGGACGACGUUGGUCACUGGCAUCACUCCCCUCUUCUGGCUAUGGUACAAAUACUCCAAGCUCAACUGUUUCAUCAUCCUGUUCCUCCCAAGAGAAGUUGCACCAGUUACCAUACCAACCAACUCCAGACGAACUACAUUUUUUGUCUAAACAUUUCUGUGCCACUGAAAGCAUUGCCAGUGAUAAUAGAUGUAGGACCACUCAAAUGCGGCCACGAUCCAGAAGCCUGAGCCCUGGACGUUCUCCUGCCUGCUGUGACCAUGAAAUCAUUAUGAUGAACCAUGUAUACAAAGAAAGAUUCCCAAAGGCUACUGCUCAGAUGGAAGAGCGACUUCAGGAGAUUAUCACCAACCACUCUCCUGAUAACGUCCUUCCCUUGGCAGAUGGAGUUCUCAGUUUCACCCACCACCAGAUCAUUGAGCUGGCUCGUGAUUGCUUGGAUAAAUCUCAUCAGGGCCUCAUCACCUCACGAUACUUCUUCGAGUUACAGCACAAAUUGGAUAAGCUCCUACAAGAGGCCCAAGAACGAUCAGAAAGCGGAGAACUGGCAUUUAUUAAGCAGCUCGUCCGAAAGAUUCUUAUUGUUAUAGCACGUCCUGCUCGCUUACUGGAAUGUUUGGAAUUUGAUCCUGAGGAAUUUUACUAUCUUCUUGAAGCUGCUGAAGGACAUGCAAAAGAGGGACAGGGCAUUAAAACUGACAUUCCUAGAUAUAUUAUCAGUCAACUGGGAUUGAAUAAGGAUCCUUUGGAAGAAAUAGCCCAGCUAGCAAACUAUGACAGUGGAACUGCAGCAACUCCAGAAACUGAUGAAUCAGUUAGUAGUUCCAAUGCAUCCCUUAAACUUAAAAGGAAGCCUCGUGAAAGUGAUUUUGAGACAAUUAAGCUGAUUAGUAAUGGAGCAUAUGGUGCUGUUUAUUUGGUGAGGUAUAAAGAAACCAGACAGAGGUUUGCGAUGAAGAAGAUUAACAAACAGAAUCUCAUUCUUCGAAACCAGAUUCAGCAGGCUUUUGUUGAGCGUGAUAUCCUGACAUUUGCAGAAAAUCCAUUUGUAGUCAGCAUGUACUGUUCCUUUGAAGCUAGACGCCAUUUAUGCAUGGUCAUGGAAUAUGUAGAAGGUGGAGAUUGUGCUACUUUAAUGAAAAAUAUGGGACCUUUGCCUGUAGACAUGGCCAGAAUGUAUUUUGCAGAGACUGUUCUGGCAUUGGAGUAUCUCCACAACUAUGGAAUAGUACAUAGGGAUUUGAAACCAGAUAAUUUACUGGUAACUUCCAUGGGGCAUAUAAAGUUAACAGAUUUUGGACUAUCUAAGGUUGGCCUCAUGAGUAUGACCACCAAUCUUUAUGAGGGUCACAUUGAGAAGGAUGCUAGAGAAUUUCUGGAUAAACAGGUCUGUGGCACGCCAGAAUAUAUUGCUCCAGAAGUAAUUCUAAGACAGGGCUAUGGCAAGCCAGUGGACUGGUGGUCUAUGGGAAUUAUUCUUUAUGAGUUUCUUGUUGGGUGUGUUCCUUUUUUUGGUGAUACACCGGAGGAGCUAUUUGGACAAGUAAUCAGUGAUGAGAUCAACUGGCCAGAAAAGGAUGAAGCACCACCUCCAGAUGCCCAGGAACUGAUUACUUUGCUUCUGAGACAAAACCCCUUGGAGAGAUUGGGAACAGGUGGUGCUUAUGAGGUGAAACAGCACCCAUUCUUCCAAAACUUAGAUUGGAAUAGUUUGCUGAGACAGAAGGCAGAAUUCAUUCCUCAGCUGGAAUCUGAAGAUGACACAAGCUACUUUGACACUCGUUCUGAGAAAUACCACCACAUGGAAACUGAAGAAGAGGAUGAUACAAACGAUGAAGAUUUUAAUUUGGAGAUUAGGCAGUUUUCCUCAUGUUCACAUCGAUUUUCAAAAGUUUUUAGCAGUAUAGAUCGAGGAACUCGAAAUCAAACUACAGAGAAGGAAGAUACAACAGAGAGAACAAAGAAUGUAGUACUAACAUCUGCAGAAUCUUUAAGCUGGAGCUCAGAAUAUUCUGAAAUGCAGCAACUAUCUACAUCUUUGUCUUCUGGUACUGAAAGUUCUAGGCAACGUCACAGUUCAGGGUUACUUCCAAAAUUGUCAGUAUCAGCUGAAGGAGAUGAAGAAGAAUCACCACGUUCUGCUGGAUCCUGCAAAGAUCAAGAAAAGGUUGCAUUUGUUAGUGAGGAAAUUGUUUUAGAUGAAGUGGAAGUAACAACUCCAGCAAGCACAAUCAGUAGCUCCACGCUGUCAGUUGGAAGUUUUUCAGAGCACUUGGAUCAGAUAAAUGGAAGAAGUGAGUGUGUGGACAGCACUGAUAAUUCCUCAAAGCCUUCCAAUGAACAAGCAUCUCAUAUGGCUCGUCAGCGAUUAGAAACAACAGAGAAAAAGAAAAUCUCUGGAAAAGUCACAAAGUCCCUCUCGGCCAGUGCUCUAUCCCUUAUGAUUCCAGGAGAUAUAUUUGGUGUGUCUCCUUUGGGAAGUCCAAUGUCCCCCCAUUCCGUGUCUUCAGAUCCUUCGUCUUCUAGAGAUUCUUCGCCUAGCCGUGAUUCUUCAGCUGCUUCUGCAAGUCCUCAUCAGCCUGUCAUAAUUCACACCUCAGGCAAGAAGUAUGGAUUUACUAUCCGCGCAAUCAGAGUGUAUGUGGGUGAUAGCGACAUCUACACAGUACAGCAUAUUGUCUGGAAUGUUGAAGAAGGAAGUUCGGCUUAUCAUGCUGGAUUGAAAGCUGGUGACCUCAUCACACAUAUCAACGGAGAACCAGUGCAUGGCCUUGUUCAUACUGAAGUCAUAGAACUGUUAUUAAAGAGUGGCAAUAAAGUGUCAAUUACUACAACAGCCUUUGAGAAUACUUCAAUAAAAACAGGACCAGCUAGAAGAAAUAGCUAUAGGGGCCGAAUGGUUAGACGGAGUAAGAAAACAAAAAAGAAGGAGAGUUUGGAAAGGAGAAGAUCUCUCUUCAAAAAGCUGGCUAAGCAGCCUUCACCCCUCCUUCAUACUAGUCGGAGUUUCUCCUGCCUGAACCGAUCCCUCUCAUCAGGGGAGAGCUUACCUGGUUCUCCAACUCACAGCUUGUCUCCCCGCUCACCAACACCCAGCCUCCGCUCCACCCCCGAUUUCCCCUCAGGUACAAAUUCUUCUCAGAGUAGCUCUCCAAGUUCAAGUGCACCCAAUUCUCCAGCUGGUUCUGGGCAUAUUAGGCCCAGCACACUUCAUGGUUUGGGGCCCAAGCUUGGUGGGCAAAGAUACAGGUCAGGAAGACGCAAAUCAGCUGGCAGCAUUCCUCUCUCUCCUUUGGCACGGACUCCUUCUCCAACACCUCAACCAACAUCUCCUCAGCGGUCUCCAUCACCUUUACUGGGGCAUUCAAUUGGAAACACAAAAAUAGCUCAGGCUUUCCCUACAAAAAUGCACUCUCCUCCCACUAUUGUCAGACACAUAGUUAGGCCUAAGAGUGCAGAACCACCAAGGUCUCCUUUGCUCAAGAGGGUUCAGUCAGAAGAGAAACUUGCCCCUUCUUAUGGCACUGACAAGAAACACUUGUGCUCUCGCAAGCACAGCCUGGAAGUAACUCAGGAAGAAGUUAAUAGAGAGGUAUCUCAAAGGGAUACAACCCUUCAGAGCCUGGAGGAGAACGUUUCUGAUGUGCCAUCACUCACACGAGUGAGACCUGCUGAACAAGGCUGCCUGAAACGUCCCAUUUCCAGGAAGUUGGGCAGGCAAGAAUCUGUUGAUGAGCUGGAUAAAGAAAAAUUAAAGGUUAAGAUAGUUGUGAAGAAGCAAGAUCUGGCAGAGAAACAGGAAUAUUUGCAGAAAGCAAGCACCAUACAUGAAAUUUGUGGUGAAUCAGAAAACCCAGUUGCCUCAUGCUUAGAAGAGAGAGAUGGCAAAAAAGCAUUUCAGAAAGCUUUGGAAAGAUCAAACCACUUUGAAGCUAAAAUUGCAGCUCUGGAGACAGAGUCAGUAGGUGGCAUGCUAAAAGACACCCUUCAGAAGAAUGCAAGCAUGAGAUCAAAUGAUUGUACUGCUUUGGAUGCGCACACACCAUGUCAUGGGCCUCCACUUAAUGAGCUCAGUCAUUUGUCUUAUGACUUCAAAAGAAUCCCCCCUCCAUGUACAUUGCAAAAUGUUCUGCCUCACUCAUCUGACAAGAUGCCGAAUGGGAAAGGAGAAAAUGUAGAUAAAUCUGCACCGACAAAAGAACCUGUCAAAUUUGAAAGAUUAGAUAGUAAGCUUGCAAAUAUUGAUUAUCUCCGGAAGAAAAUGUCCUUUGAAGAAAAAGAUGACAACUCCUGUCCAGUGCUAAAGUCCAAACUGACACCAAGUGUACAUGAAUGCCAUCAGCUGAGUGCAGUCAGACCUAUAAACAUGCUGCAAGAUUCCACCUCGGUGACUGAAAGCCGAUCAUUUAUUAGCAGUGCUCAUGCCACUCAGAUUAACUCUGUCCCUUUCAUUCCUCUCAAAGGAUUGACUGGCCGAACAGAAGCUGGUGUGGAGAAAUCAGCCUUGAUUUCCACAGAGUCACCUGUCCGAAAGAGUCCUUCAGAAUAUAAAUUAGAAGGGAGGUCUGUGUCUUGCUUGAAGCCAAUUGAAGGAACCUUAGAUAUUGCUUUAAUUUCUGGGCCACAGUCUUCAAAGACAGAAGUGUCUUCAUGUGCAGUUGCAGGGGGCCAAAAUGCCAAAAACGAUGGCCAAUCACUCAUCUGCCAAGGAGGCAUCAGUGUAAAGGUUGAGCCGUCUUGUCAGAAAGUGCAGCAACCAGUCUUUCAACAAUCCAGUCCUUAUGAAUCUAAUCUACUAAAGUUCCAGUCUCCAAAGCCAAAUAAAAGUACUCAGAGCUCACCAGCAAUGCCUGUGACCACUGAACAGCAGUCAGAAAAGACACUUUCCAAUUUCAGUGCUAAAUGUGACCCCUCUGUAAAGGUGAUUAAUCAAAAGAAAGAGGUUAUUCAGCUUUCAGCACAUGAGGCUAAAUCCAGCAGUUCCCAAAUCCAGAGUUCCACCUUGACAAGUUGCAAAUCUGCCCAUGCACAGGGAAAUCCUGAGAAAGCCAAACGGAAAGAGAAGAAAACCUAUAAAGAAGGACCAGACAACCACACAAGGCCUCAACCAAGUGAUAGCAUCCUUCCAGAGAAGCCUAAGGCAGUUGAGGUUUCUCCAUCAAAGAAAUCUGUUACAGACGUGUCACCAAAUCAGGAUGCAAAACGCAUUCAGAGGUAUUCCUUUGAUUCAGUUGCUCAGCAGCAAAUACGUGGAAUAGCAAAAGUACAAAUAGCAAGCUCGAAAACAAAGUUCAAAGAUGUGCUCAAGCCAUCGGUGAAAGAGGAUGAGAACACCACUAGAGACUAUUCAGCAAAUGAGUUGGGCCUGCAGAAAGCAAGUGGAUGUUCCAAGCCUGAAGCAUCACUUCUGGCUGGUGUAACCGUGCAAACGGACCAGGGGGAAAAAGAACAGAAGCAGCCCAAAAAUGCGGAGCCUCCAGCUGGUAACAAAGAGUCCAGCAUUGCUUCUAGGCAACAAGGUAGCAAUUCUGAUCUUUCCGCUGCAAAAGAAUUAUUAAACAGGCCCUGUGUAGUGGAUGCUCCUGGUUGCUGCAGCAUUAAAGAUAAUAUGAGACCUACAACACACAUGGAAAAUAGCACUGUUAAAUCUAGACCAGUUCCUGACACUUGUUUCUUGAAAUUGAAACAUUCUGAAAAAAAGACACAAAAGCAAAUAGCUACAAACGUAAAAGAAAAAGAAACUGGCCCUCAUGCUUUGGCCGGCUCCUUGAAGGAGGGGAAAAACAUCAAUAAGUCUGCACUGGAUUCUUUUUCACACCCUCCAAGCUCUCGGAGAAAGCUAAAUAAUGAGCAAAUACAGGCAGAAAGGCAUCUGGUCAUAGAAUGUGGGUCAGAACCCUCAAUCCACAUCAAUAGCACCUUGCCUGAAAAACAGCUUAAAUCCUCCAAUAAAAAGCAGGCGGCGGCAGCAGUCCCAGAUGGUGCUAAGCAUUUUCAGAGGCAAGAGAUGGCAAGUUUAAACGAUCCUGUUGAUCAAAAGCCAUUCAGUAUAUGUACCAAGCAGAACAUGCCUCCCAAGACAUCGUCAGCUGUAAAAGAGGGCUCCUUGCUGAGCAAACCGGCCGACAAGAGCCCGAACAUUCAGGCCACCUCUGCGGAAAUGCAGCCUGAAGGGGGAAAAUGCACCGAUGCACUUUAUUUUCAAACUGACCAUGGGAAGCCAGAUCCUAACCUUUCCCUUCUUAGCUGUGAUGCCAGGGGAAAAGCAGCGGAAAAGGCAGUCACGGGUGCGAAGAACUUUCAAGACACUAAAGGAAAAGGGCACCUGAAUCAAAAGCAGCUAUCCGAGGGGAGCAAGCAGCAUGCUGCAAAACAUUCCUCCAGCCCUGCUUUGCAGAGUUCAUGUCGCGCAGCUUCAAAGCAGCUUGAGUGCCCACCCAGCUUCCCUGAAUCUAGGCCGGAAGCCCCUGUUCUGCCUUCAGCAAAGGCUAGCCUGGGGUCCCCCGAGCCACUUGCACUGAGCAGCAGGGAAGUGAAAAAGCAAGCCAGCUCUUCCUCAGCAGACAGCAGGGCAGAAAUGACUAAAAGUGUUUCCCUGUUGGGCUUGCACUAUACUCCGUCCCCUGUGGAAGAGAACAUUCCCACUUCAGACUUGGCGGGGAAGCACAAAAGCCAAGAGAGGUCUCACUCUGCUGUGGACAUGAAGGGGAAAGACCCCGGUCUGCCUCAGUCUUCUGCCGCGAGAAAACCGAAUGUAGGUAAAGAUUUGCCAAAGUCAGGGACUCCAGCUGACUCUCCCAAUGCACUUUCAGCCGACAAAGACUCUGCCCGACAGAGGCGAGGAAAAGACACCUCCCGAAGCAGCCCUCACAAAAAACCCUCCCAAUAGCAAGAUGUGCAAAUAGGACUGCUUAGUUGAAAACCUAGUGUCUUGUCUUACCUUCAGCACUGUGUAGUAUUUUCUUGCAGAAAAAAAUAUUCAGCGCCACUUAAGCAGGGUGUGUAAAGAAAGGACUCGUUUCCUUCCCCCCUCAAAAUUCCUUCCCAAAUGUAACCGGUUAAACUGUUACCAUAUUGUAUUUGUACAAAAAUACUUUUACAAUUUGAGAGACAGGUUGUGGGCGGGUGGGAUGACAAAUUAUCUGUAAAUACUUACUAGUGUGUAUCGUUUAGAAUGUAGUGUCUCUACUUUGCUGCUGAUUGCAUUGUUUACUGUAUCUUUUUAAUGAUAGUUGCUUUGCCACUAGUUUGCCAUAAUUUAAGAAGAAGCAGAAUUACUAAAACUUGGGCCUAGACAGAACCCACAAAUAUAUAUUGGUCUGAAGGGAGAAGAAAGACGCUCCAUUCUUUCCUUGUUCAAAAAGCUGUGCACAACUCUAAAAUAGAAGAAGUGAUAAA